AUGUCGUCCCUCAUGACCCAUGCUGGGACUGUCGUGGUAGUUGCGCCAGUUAUCCUUCUGUUGGUAUUCCUGUUUCAGCUCACAACUUCAACAAUUCGAUGGAAGAAUGCGCCUCCUGGGCCACCAAGCCUUCCAAUAAUAGGAAAUUUGCACCAAAUUCCAAAACGUGAUUUGCAUUUACAGUAUCAAAAAUGGGGACAACAGUAUGGCCCCAUCAUCUCUCUGAAUUUAGGUUCUCAAAAGGUCGUGGUCUUGACAAGCGGGGAGAUGAUUAAGAAACUUGUCGAUAAGAAGAGUGCGAACUACGCAGAUCGACCGAAGUUGUAUAUGCAGGACAUAUGGGAGGGCUCCAGAAUCAUCAUGAGAGGUUACGAUUCGUUGUGGAAAGUGGAACGUAAGCUGUACCAUCAGUUUUUGAAUAUCAACAGGGCGAGUCGGUACAUUCCCUACCAGGACCUGGAGACCAAGCAAAUGAUUGUCGACUUGAUAUCGAGCCCGGCUAAUUUCGAGGACCUCAUCACAAGAUCAACUUUGAGCGUUGCAACUAGCAUGGCUUAUGGGUUUAGAGUUCUCGACCGCAACAGUCCUGUAAUGCAGGAGUUGUUGAAGAACACGCACGGAUUCUUCGUCAUGGUCAACAGCAGUAAGCUCCUCGACUGGUAUCCUCAAUUGCGACCUCUUGUCAGGAAUCUGCCUUCAUGGCUAUACCCUAUGGCCAGAAAAGCCAAACAAGUAUUCUACCGCGAAAGAACCCAAUUUAGAGAGCUGUAUGAGGAUUCCAAACGUGCGUCUCAGUUAGACGACUCAUUGCCUAGCUUCGCGGCAGAUAUCAGCAGGGCUAGGGAAACUUGGAAGGGCACAGAGAAUGGGGAUCUCCUUACGGAGCAUGCAGCUUCGUACAUUGCUGGAAUUGCCAUGGAAGGGGCGGCAGAUACCACGAGCAAUACUCUCGCAGGACUGAUCAAGGCUAUGAUGCUGUUCCCUGAGGUGCAGAAGAAAUGUCACGACGAGUUGGACAGAAUCGUCGGCUCAGAUCGAUUUCCCACCAUCGAGGAUUUUGAAUCUCUGCCUUAUAUUCGACAAACUGCAAAAGAAGCUUUGAGAUGGCUCCCCACCGCGAUAAGUGGCGCCAUACCGCAUGCCGCUCUCGCCGAUGAUGUUAUCGAUGGCUAUGUGAUUCCUAAAGGUGCAACCGUUGUCUUGGCGGUCUGGUCUGCAAACAAUGACCCGGCACUGUUUCCAAAUCCUCGGGAGUUCCAGCCCGAGAGACAUGAUCCAAACCUGUCCUUCUCUGAGGCGGCCGCGGCGGCAGAUUUCCGUAAUCGCGACAAUUGGACCUUUGGCGCUGGUAGACGCAUCUGUCCGGGUAUUCAUAUUGCUGAGAGGACCCUUUUCUUGAGCGCUGCUAGAAUUCUCUGGACCUUUGACAUCCACAAAGCGAGGGACCAAUAUGGCCAGGAAAUUGAAGUUGACCGAGAUGAAGUUACCCAGUCGAUUGCAGCCCGUCCAAUUCCCUUCCCAUGCAGUAUUGUUCCACGAAGUGAGAAGCACGCUCGUAUUGCUAGGGAAGAGUGGGACGAGGCUCAAACAUUACUUGACGAGCGUGGUAACUACAAGCAGAACGUUCUGAGAUAG